GUAUUGAGCGGCUUGUCUCUGCAACACGCCGACUAUGUCGCUUUGUUGUCGCAUUUUGUCGACUCAAUCUGUCCACGGAUAGUCCGACGGGAAUGUCGCCCUGAGUAUUUCAAUCACGAGUAUAUGCUCCGACUGGCAUAUGUUUGCCCUCCUUUAAUGGCAGUCAUAAUUGCUGUUGCUGCAUUUGAUAAGGAAACGCCACGCUAUGACCGAUUGGCUAUGGAGAGUUACCAGUUUUCUCUGCACAAUCUGCGGGCUCGGAUAGCGCGUGCGGCAAACGCAGGGAAUGACGAUGCCUUGCUAGCAACGACCGUUUUCUUAUGCGUGUUUGAGAAUCUCCGAUCUGAUACACAAUUGAAUCUCAACCUACACCUAACAGCUACUGGUGCGCUGCUCACUCAACGAGACCACGCCGAAACUCAAGUUAAUCCUCGGUCGGUCACUGUGUUCGAACGGCUCUGCGCAGAAUCCUUCCUCUAUCAUAGUUCGCUUAUGAUGUUGUUCAACCCGUCUCUGGAUGCCCUGGCAAAUACUGGCUACACCCUGAACUGGACCCGAUACUUCUCAAACUCGCAACCUGAAACAGAGGUCUGGCCGAACAAGAAGACUCAGCCAGUUCUCGAUGCACCAUACAAUCUGUUCCUUCUCAUUGCUGGUGUGACUCGGCUUGCUCGUGUCACUCGCCCCCUGAACGAGGGUGAAGUUGAGACGUGGAAGGAACUCAACUACCAGCUACUGGAGUUCAAGCAGACUACAAGCCACGAUGCCUAUCAGCUACACUUCGAGGCCAUGCAUAUUAUGCUCCUGAAGGUGCAUCCCAUUGUUCCAGAAUCAGAGGUUAUGGAGCAAGUAUACCGUGUUCUGCAAGAUGGAUCAUCUAUCCUGUAUGCUCUCGAUACACACAGCAAUCUUCUCGCAUACUUGCUCUGGCCCUUGACCGUCCUAGGUUCCAUUGCAGUGGAUUCUCAGACCCGCCGCUUGGUCAAGGCCAAGAUUGAUGAGUUAGCUCGCAGAAGACAUGGGCUUGUUACCCGAACACAAAAAUGGUUACGAUAUAUUUGGGACUUGCCCCAAGGUGACAGGGCUAUGAUGACAAGAAGGGGACUACGGAUUCUAGUUGGAGGGUCCCAAAUUGGCAAGGAAUGUGUCUAGUAACAAAUCUCAGGCUGAUAAGAUGAUUGCAGCUUUGACUAAUGUUAACGAUUUCAUUUGGACAACACUUGCUCAACCACCUUAGCAUGCUUCAUCAAUUCUUCAUCCUUCAGUCGACGACCAAUGAGCUGCACAUGGCAUGGGGCGCCUUCCACCUCCUUAGGAAGAUCUAUAUGAACCAUUAGCUACCUAAAUUUUGAACAUCGAUGGAAAAUAACUCACAGUUCGGAACAUAGGUAACGUCUCGCACGAAUUUGGCAUCGGCAACCUCAUUGGCGUGCCCGAAUGGGAUAACGCAGGCAGGGUACUAAAACGAGCAGUCAG